AUGGAGACUUUGAAUACGCAACGGCUAGACGCGCUGGAACGAGCAUCGUCAAGCCGCCUAGACACGGACCCCCAAGGUCCCCGCGAGACGGAUGCGGAUGCUGCAGCCGGACGAAGCCGUGGCUGCAGCUUCGAUGCAGACACCAGGUCUUCUGGGAGCAGUCGGCCUGAUUUGCAGCUUCCUGUGCAGGGGCAGGGCAAGAGCAGCAUCGGCUGUGCACACCUGGCCCAGCUGGAAAAGGCUUUGGCGGACACGGCCGUGCUGCAAAGUCGCGCAACCGCUGCACUGGAGCGAAUUGCAAGGCAGCAAUCUGCUCUGAAGCGCAUCCCGGUCGCGUGUCCGUCAUGUGGCUCAUUGAAUGUCCCUCAAGGCUCUGCCUGGCACACUGGUGACCUCGUCUCAUGCCAGGACUGCAGCCAGUCUUUCCUGCCCUUGAGCAGCUUCCAGGUCCGGGAGGAUCUCAGCGUUUUGAAGACCGCCGUCCAACGGCUUCGGGAUCAGCAGGAGCGGAUUCAGUACUUGGAAUGCUGCGUGGCGAAGAGCGAGGUGUCCAUGAGCCCUGUGGCAACGGCACGACCCUCCAAAGCACCAGAGGAGCGGGCUGCCAGUGUGCGUCCUGAGGAAGCCUUGAUACGAAAGGCACCAGCGCGUGGACCCAUGGCAUCGCCGCAUUUUGCCCCGCAGAUUAUGAGCCCGCGAUGUCCGCGACAGGCUGGACUAGGGCCCUCAACGGAUUCAACAAGCUCCCCAGACGCAUCUCCUGGGCACCCCUUCUUGUCGCCCUGCUCCCCUUCCCGCAGGCUGGAUCAGUUCGGGUUUUCCGCCCAGUUGGAGCAAUGCCAGAGCCCAGCUGCAGGUGUCGGCCGCAUGCCUGCUGGGUUCAGCCAUCGAGGUGAGGCUCCGUCAGCACCGAGUGCCCAGGCAAAAGAGAAGACGCCGAUUCUCAUGCCUUUGCUGGACACUCAAGAUCUCCUUACCAACAGUUCGUCGUCUUCAGCUCCGUUGUGCUUCCAUGGAAACAAGCUUUCACGUUGGCAGAUGGACACCGAGCAAAAGACUCGAGAGGCGCUGCAGCGCAUGCGGCAAGAGUCCAAGGGCAAGGGCCGAGCCAGAAAGGAACGUGAGGAAGGCGAGAUCGCCUCGGCCUCCGAGUCGGAGGGGUCGAGGUUGACGAGUUGGGAUGCCAGGCCUCAGUCUUUGGUGGCUGGGCCACAGGCAAUUCUGCAGAAGUGGGUGCCAGCGGGUUCACCCUGCAAGGAGGACAAGAAGGGCACAGGUGAACCGCGUCCGAGGCCCGCGGCUUUGGUCGAUGAGGCUGCAGCCGGUGCUUUUCCAAAGUGGUUCUUGUUGAUGCUCUUGGCCUGCUUUACUGCCGUUUCUUUGCUGCGGCAUGUGCUGCACGGACUGGCGCAACAGCUUCAAGGAGAAGCUGUUGCAUCCGCCGCCUUGACUGCGAUAGUGACCGGGACGUCGCUGCAGCUUUGGCGACAUGCGGAAGAGAUGGUACAGACGCGAAGCUUGCUGGAGACCACACGUGGGGAAUGGAAACAUGGCAUUGUCUGCCUGGAGACCAGCAUCUUAGGCAGCGCCUUGCAGCUGAGCUUGGAAGAGGCUUUGGGACUUGCAGCUGCUUUGGCCCAGCUUGCUCCGGUUUUCCUCUUCGAAAACUGGGGUAUCCACGGACCGCCAGCAUACAGAUGGGCUGCUGUUGUUGCUCAUGUGGCAACGGCCAUCAUCAUCAUGCUGUGUGCCCGGAAGAAACUUCUGAACAGCCUCGGUAGCGCAGUGCCAGCUCCCAAAGACCUGUCGGUGGAGGUGCUGGAAGUUUGGAUCGGCCUGGCCGCUGGCAACUGGGCCGCCUCUUCCUGGGCAGCGUGCACGUGGUGGCGCGCAGCAUCCGCUGGCAUCCAGGCAAAACUUCCCGUCCUGGCUCUUGCUACCGCACAGCUCACAAACUUUUGGUUGGCGCACCGCUCACGGCAGCCCCUCUUGCUUGCUGCCUGUGUUGCGCUCGGUGGGCUGUCGAUGGCAAAUUGUUGUUGCAGGCCACAUGGCGUGGCGCCGGUACUAGAUGCAGUGGAUUUAUCAUCAUCUUUGUUUAUGACUCCUGGAAUCUAUGUCGCAUUUUGUGCGGUGAGUGCCUGGCUUCUGUUCCAGGAGUUAUUCAACUCGCUGUGA